AUGGGACUUGGAGAAAUAUCAGAAUUAUGUUACCGUAUUACGGAGUCUUAUUUACAGUUACCCAAUAGGACAGAUAUAAUCACUGAGACUAAAGAUGCUAUAAGGUUAACAAGAGAAUAUUUACUGGAUGAUAUUUUUACUCGCUGGAGUCCAAUCAAUGGGCAAAUUUCGUUCUCAUAUAACGGAGGUAAGGAUUGCCAGGUGUUGUUAUUAUUAUAUCUCAGUUGUCUGUGGGAAUUCUUUUACAUUAAUGGGAAAACCUCACAAUUUGAUUAUGAAUACCAAAAGUUCCCUAUGAAAUUAUUACCAACCGUUUUUAUUGAUCAGGAUGCCACAUUUAUAACGUUAGAAAAAUUCAUAUCAGAGACAUCUCAGCGAUAUUCCCUUUCCUUAUACGAAUCCCGAAGGGAAGUGAGUAAGAAUCAGAAUAUGGCAGAUUCGUUCCGUGAUUUUUUAAAGAUAUACCCAGAGACAGAAGCCAUUGUUAUUGGGAUAAGACAUACGGAUCCCUAUGGAGAAUCUUUAAAACCUAUUCAAAAGACAGACUCCAAUUGGCCUGAAUUUAUUAGGUUACAGCCUUUAUUGCAUUGGAAAUUAGCUAGUAUUUGGAGUUUCUUGUUGUUCUCCAAUGAACCUAUUUGUGGUUUGUAUGGAGUAGGAUUCACAUCAAUUGGUAGUAUGGAAAGUACUGUCCCAAACCCUUAUUUGAGUAAAAAGGGAAAUGACGUGUUGCCAUUGCAAUUUGAAUGGGAGAUCAAUAACGCCUUUGGUAAAGAGAAGGAAGGAGAGACCAAAACAGUACAUGUUUCCAACCUAGAAGAAAGUGAUCAAGAAUGGUUGGCCACUGUCACUGACUCGGAUUAUUACCCUGGUUGGUACCUAAUUGACGAUUCCAUUGAAAGGGCAGGAAGAAUAAAGAAAGGGAAAGGGAAAUAA